GGGCAGGCGCGGAAGCCCCUCGAGUGGUGCCACAGGAAGGGCAGGGCGCACAGCACAGCGCUCGCCGGCGCGAUCCUCGGCCUGAGUUCGGCGAGGCCCUCGGCGGCCCGGCAGGAAGGCCGUCGGAGCCUCUCAUGUGAUUGUAGGCCGUAAAAUAUUCACGUCGCUUUUCCUCGGCGUCUCCUGCCGAGAGGGCGUCCGCGGCGCCCCUGGAGCGGUCCUGCGGAGGCGCCCGGGAGGAAAUGCCUCCCGCCCGGGAGAGAGUGCUCGCGCGGACCUGCAUUCUGGAAACGGGGUGCUUGUGGUGCACACGCACUCACGCACACACACGCACACAGCGCCGCGGGGAGUAGAACUCCGGCAGCAGCUGCACGGCGCCCGCCCAGACGGCAGCUGCACCGCCGACGGACACGCCGCCGCCCGCCAGAUGAGAAAAUGAUCCUUACGCAUCGACUGGCACCGGCUUGCUAAGGCUGCCUCAUGGAGACCAAGGGCAUUCGAGGUUGAACUAACUCGGUCUUUUCGUGACUUUGAUAAAUAGAAUGACAUUAUUAGGAUUAUCUUGCACUUGACAAAAGGGAGAAUCAAUUUAGGCCUGAAAAAAAAAAUCUAUGUGUACCUGAAAUUGAGAAGUAAAGCUUGUGAUUGAGUUCAUAUGUUUUUGUUUUAAUUUUUUGAUAAUUAUUUCUAAUGUGAAUUUUAUGUGUGUGAUUUUAAGGUAUGAAGAAAAUAGAAAUACAGAAGUGAGAGAUUUGAAUAGAUAAAUCAAAUAAACAAAGAAGGGAAAACCGAAAAAAAAAUAAAAAUAAAACAAAAAAUAACGACGUUUAAAAACAACAACAUGUAUUUGAAAUUAAUCCCGAGUUUCAGUUUAGAAAGAUGAGUUAGAGAGAAAGAAAACAAAACUAAGAAAGGAAGAAAGAAAAAAGAGAGAAAGGUAAAUACUACUAACAAAAAAAAAAAAAAAAAAAAAACAGUGAUCAAAGAAGGAACAGAGAAAGGGACAAGGGAAAGAAAGAGGGAAACAGACACACGGCCGACAAGAGAUGGCGUCGUGAUCCAGAGGCGCUGAAAGAGGGAGAGGAGAAGAGGAGAAGAAGAAGAAGAGGAGGAGGAGGAGAAGGAGGAGGAGGAGGAGGAAGAAGGAAGAAAAAGCUCGCCAUGGGAGACUCGUCCAUCAGUUCGCACAUGAGAUGGAUGCUGCUGCUCGUCUUCUUCGCCCUUACGGCCAGAGACGGCGAGUGCCGAGCCGGGGUGCAGGAGGGCCCCAGGUUCCUGAUCGAGCCGCCCGACUCCCUGGCCUUCCUCAACACCACGGGCGCCGCCCUCCACUGCUCCGCCCACGGGGACCCCAAGCCCACGGUGACGUGGGUGACGGGCGAGGCCAUCCUGCAGGGCGCCACGACGGUGGUGGGCGUGCGGGAGAUCCUUCCCAACGGCUCGCUGGUGUUCCUGCCCUUCAGCCCGCGUUCCUACCGCCAGGAUAUCCACGCGGCGUCCUACCGCUGCCUCGCCUCCUCCAGCGUCGGCAGGAUCGUGUCCCGCACCGUCACCGUCAGGGCAGUUGUCCGGCAAGACUACGAGGUGCAGGUGUACGAUGAGUACGUUAUAAGCGGCAACACGGCCGUCCUCAGCUGCCGCAUCCCGCCCUACGUGAGGGAAUACGUGAAGGUGGUCGCGUGGGUGCAGGACGACGCCUACGUGAUCCAGCCGGGACUCGAGAGCGGAGGCAAGUACAUGAUUCUCCACGACGGGUCACUCCACAUCUACCGGGCGGAUCCGAGCGACGGUUACAGGAGCUACCGGUGCCGGGCGAACCACACGCUUACCGGGGAGAUCAGGGACUCGUCCGCAGGGAGGGUCAUUAUCACAGAACCCCACGGGAACGCUGCGCCGCGGCUGAGUGUGGACAAGCGGGCGACGGUGACGGUGCGGGCGGGAGAAUGGGCGGUCCUGCCCUGCGCCGCCCAGAGUCACCCCACACCCACGUACAGAUGGGUGAGACUCGGCGACGGCAUGAUGUCCGGCGUCGUGGGCGGCUCCUCUCGCUACUCGCAGGUGGGCGGCCUCCUGGUGAUCACGGGCGUGGGCGUAGGGGACCAAGGGCGCUACAUGUGCUUCGUCAACAACAGCGUCGGUCACGAGACGGUCGACGCCACACUGAGGGUCACAGAGCCCAUCAGCGUGCACGUGUCCCCCCGGCGGCUGGUCGUGGACAUGGGCAAGACGGCGGAGUUCCGUUGCGUGGUUCAAGGUCACCCGAUCACCUCCGUCACGUGGCUGCGGAACGGGAAGAGUCUCCCGCCGGAUGGAAGGUUCGUGACGUCCCCGCGGGAGGUGCUGACGGUGCACAAGGUGGGGAAGGACGACAGAGCCAUGUACCAGUGCGUCGUCACCUCCCGCCACCACAACAUGCAGGCGGCGGCGCAGCUGGCUCUAGGAGACUCGUCGCCGGAGCUUCACUACCGCUUCCAGGAGCAGACGCUGCAGCCGGGCCCGUCCGUCAGCCUCAAGUGCGUGGCCACAGGGAACCCGCCGCCGCAGUUCGUGUGGACGCUCGAUGGCUUCCCGCUGCCCGAGAGCGAGAGGUUCCUGGUCGGGCAGUACGUGACGGUGCACGAUGACGUCAUCUCGCACGUGAACAUCACCAACGUGCGCGUGGAGGACGGGGGCGAGUACACGUGCCGCGCCUCCAACACCGUGGGCGCCGUCUCCCACUCCGCCCGCGUCAACGUCUACGGCCUGCCCUUCAUCCGGCCCAUGAGGGGCGUGUCGGCCGUGGCGGGGUCGCGCCUCAGGAUCAAAUGCCCCGUCGCAGGCUACCCCAUCGUCAGCAUCGUCUGGGAGAAAGACGGCCGCGCCCUUCCGACGGACAUUCGGCAGCGUGUGUUCGAGAACGGGACGCUGGUGGUGAUGCAGACGAUGCGGCAGAGUGACGGCGGCCGCUACACCUGCCGAGCCACCAACCCGCACGGGCACACCGCCUCCAGGGACGUCACCGUUUCCGUCACAGUCCCCCCGAAGAUCAUGCCGUUUUCCUUCGCCAACAACAUCCUGAGCGAGGGAAACCGGGCGUCUCUCACCUGCCAGAUCUUGGAGGGCGACCUGCCCGUCAACUUCAGGUGGGAGAAGGACGGCGGGCCGGUGCCUCUGUACGACGGCAUCACGACGCGCCUCCUGGACGACUACCAGACGCAGCUCGUCAUCGAGAAGAUCAGCUCGAGGCACAACGGCGACUACACCUGCCUCGCCUCCAACUCGGCCGCCACCAGGUCCUACACCGCCACGCUCACCGUCAACGUGCCGCCCCACUGGGUGACGGAGCCGCAGGACACGGGCGCCGCGCAGGGCACCACCGUCACCCUCAACUGCCAGGCCGACGGCUACCCGACGCCCUCCGUCACGUGGAAAAAGGCCACGGAGGAGGGCAGCGGCAGCAGCAGCGGCGCCUCGGCCUCGGGCCAGGGCGACUACCACGAGCUGGUGUACGGCGCGCGCGUCGAGGUCUUCAACAACGGCUCGCUGGUUUUCCGCAACGUGCAGAAGUCGACGGAGGGCCAGUACCUGUGCCAGGCGCACAACGGCAUCGGCGCCGGACUCAGCAAGGUGGUCUACCUCACCGUCAACGCACCGGCCCACUUCCCGGAGAAAAUGGGGCGAGAGGUAGUGCGCAUCGGGCAGACGGCGGUGCUGCGGUGUCCUGCCCGCGGCGACCGCCCCAUCGACAUCCUGUGGUCCGUCGACGGCCGCCGCCUGGACCCGCACGCCGACCCCAGGUGGGCACACAAGGACUCUAGAAUUGAGGUGCGUGAGGAGGUCAUAGACGGUGGCCUGACCUCGGAGCUGGCCCUGACCUCCGCCGCCAGGUCACACUCGGCCACCUACACCUGCCACGCCGCCAACGCCUUCGGCAGAGACACCAGGAACAUCGAGCUGGUGGUGCAAGAGGAGCCCGAGCAGCCCAAGAACCUGCGCGUGGUGGAGACGCACAGCCGUCGCGUCAAGCUGUCGUGGACGGCUCCUUACAACGGAAAUUCUCCCAUCCAGAACUACCUCAUCCAGUAUAAGUUAGCUUCCGAGCCUUGGCCAGGGAUGCCGGAGCAGCUGAGCGUGCCUGGCGAACAGACGGAGGGCGUGAUCCACGACCUCGUCCCGGCCACCGCCUACCACCUCAGGGUCACCGCCCAGAACUCCCUCGGCCUCGGCACCCCCUCGGAGGUCAUCCAGGCGGCCACCGACGAGGAAGAACCGUCGGGUCCGCCCUUAGAAGUCCGCGUGACGCCCGAAUCGUCGACCUCCCUCCGCGUGACGUGGGAGCCGCCCGCGCGAGACCUGUGGAACGGCAACAUCCUCGGCUACUACGUGGGCUACAAGUCACACGUUCACGCUACGGACUACAACAUCCAGACGGUCGAGGUCGGAUCUGCGUACGGCGGCAGCACCACCCUGUCGGGAUUGCAACAGUACACGCGCUACGAGGUGGUGGUUCAGGCCUUCAAUAACCGAGGCGUCGGACCGCUCUCUCCCCCCGUCAUCGCCACCACGGAGGAGGACGCGCCCAGCCUGCCCCCGGAGACGAUCCGGUGCGAGGCGACGUCGUCCCAGAGCAUCUCGGUGGCGUGGCGGCCGCCUCCCGUGCGCGGCCAGAACGGCCUCAUCAAGGGAUACCGCGUCCUGUACCGGCCGGCCACUGACUACCCAGAUCCUCCACACCAACUAGAUACUCCCUCGGCAGAUGAGGAAGCUCAGGCGGAGACCACGGCCGAAAGCACCAACAUCUUCAGCCUCGAGAAGUACACCAACUACAGCAUCAGCGUCCUCGCUUACACCAGCGCCGGCGACGGGGUCCCCUCUUCGCCCGUCUACUGCAGGACGCUGCAGGAUGUGCCCGACGCCCCCGCCGGGAUCAAGGCCGUCAUCAGCUCUGCCAAGACGGUGCUGGUGACCUGGUUGCCGCCGGCCAAGGUCAACGGGAUCCUGACGAAGUACACGCUCUACAUGGCCGUCAGCAGCCAGGGGAGCCGGAGAGAGCUCCCCUCGCGUACCCUGGGCCCGGCCGAGACCUCGUACGUGGCGGAGAGCGUCAGCACCAAGGACAAGUACGAGUUCUGGGUGUCAGCCUCGACGCAGAAGGGCGAGGGGAAAGCCACGAGCAAGAUCGAGGUCCAUCCGAGCAGCAAAGUCAGAGCCCAGAUCGCGUCCUUCGGCGGCCCCCUGGAGGUGGCGUGGAAGGAGGACGUGCGGCUGCAGUGCCACUCCGUCGGGGAGCCUCCGCCAGACAUCGAGUGGAAGCUCAACGGCAACAAGAUCACUCCCUCAGACAGAAUACAGGUUCGUCCCAACGGAUCUCUGUUCAUCCGGGACGUGCAGAAAACGGACGCGGGGAACCUGAGCUGCGCGGCCGUCAACACGCACGGCACGGACAGCAUCACGUACAUUCUUACGGUGCAGGUCCCGCCCGCGCCGCCCACGCUCUACGUCCAAGGGAGUUCCCGAGACGCCCUCACUCUGCGCUGGAGCCUCCGCCCACACCACGCCCUCGUCCGGGGCUACAUCCUGAACUACAAGAGGGAAUACGGCAACUGGGAGGAGGUGGAGUUACACACGGCCAGGACCACGCACACGCUGUCGGGCCUGGUCUGCGGGUCUCGCUACCAGCUCUACGUCACAGCCUACAACAAGGUGGGCACAGGACUGCCCUCGGAGAUUCUCACCACGUCCACCAAGGGGUCGGAGCCAGUCGUGCCAAGUCGCUCCCGAAUGCUGGAUGUCAACUCGACGUCCGUGCUGGUCCACCUGAGCACGUGGGGCGACGGCGGCUGCCCCAUCCUCUAUUACGUCAUCGAGUAUCGCGUCGCGUCUGCCAGGGACUGGAUCUCGGUGGCCAACAACGUGGCGCCGAGCGAGAAGACCUACGUCAUCCGCGACCUGAUCCCGGCCACGCGCUACAUCGUGAGAGUGACGGCGCACAACCACGCGGGGUCCAGCGUGGCCACGUAUGACGUCACGACGCUAACGCCGGAGGGAGUGCUCCUGCCGGGCGAGGACGGCACGAAGGACCUGGCCAUCUCGCCGCCGCUGUACCAGGACCUGCGCGUCGUCAUCCCGGCGGCCGUGGUGGUCGUCAUCGUCAUCGAGGUCAUAAUGGCCAUCGUCUGCGUCUUCAGGAGGAGGAAAAUGCGCGAGCGGGGGAGUUCUGGCGGCAUCGCGGAGUCGCCCUCGACGGCCCAGAUCCAGAACCAGCAGAACCAGCACCAGCAGUACUCCGCGCUGCCGGCCAACACGCCCUCCACGCAGGACACGAGCACCAACAAGGAUUCCUCCGGUGCUAAGGGGGGCGGGGCGCAGUAGACCUGAUUUGCAUGCCUUCGUUCGGCGGCUUUUGUUCAUAGUUCAUGGUGUUGUUGCUUACACACAAACGCGGGCGCGCACACGCACACACAUACACAUACACAUACACAUACACAUAUACAUAUACAUAUACAUAUACAUAUACAUAUACAUAUACAUACACAUACACAUACACAUACACAUACACGCACACGCACACGCACACGCACACGCACGCAC